CAUGCGGCUCCUAUUUAUUUGAAUGUGCUUAACAAUGCGAUAUUGAGAGGCAACGUUGAUCCGUCGGAAGAUAUCACGCAAUACGGCAUCACAACAAGCUCUCAUCCUUUCAACAAGACUGUCGUACAACUACUAGAAGAAAACAUGCGGUCUGGAAUCGACCUUCUCAUCGCUUUGUGUGUCAUAUUUGCUUUGUCGUUUGUUCCACCGUCGUUCAUCAUGUUUCUCAUCCGAGAGCGUGCGACCGGUGCCAAGCAUCAGCAAUUGGUCUGCGGAGUGAACCCUGUUGUCUACUGGAUAGCGAACUAUAGCUGGGAUAUGAUCAAUUACAUGGUUACCGUACUUCUUGUUGUCAUCAUUUUUUAUGCAUUUGGUGAAGAUGUGUACACGUCAGGAGACAACUUUGCAGCUGUUGUUGUCUUGUUUAUUCUUCAUGGUUGGGCGAUGAUUCCUCUCAUGUAUCCUGCAACGUUUCUGUUCAAGAACAGUAGCACGGCUUACAUUGUUACGAUGGCCGUUAGUGUGCUGAUUGGUUUUGUAACGACGUCGACCACACUUGUCCUGCAGCUUGUUGAACAAACAGAGGGAGGAGGAGGUGAUGGUACUGCUAUGAGCGACCAGUUACGUGUAGCCUUCCUCAUAUUCCCCAACUAUUGUCUCGGUCGUGGUAUGAUGGACAUCGCCUACAGCUACUACAUCCGGAUUGCAAGUGAAGAGCUACAAAACUACGGAGUUUCCUUAAAUGUUGUUAGCCCUUUUUCGCUGACCAUCGAUGGUGUGGGUCGAAACAUUGUUGCUAUGGUUGUAUCAGGAUUCGUCUACUUUCUUCUUGCUCUUCUUAUUGAGUACAAGUUCUUCAUGCCUUUGCUGUGGUCCGACAAGCCGGUGAAUCUCGACGACGUUGAAUCGGAGAAAACGGACGAAGAUGAGGACGUCGCAAGAGAGAGGAAGAGAAUUAGACGCGGUAGAGGAAAUGAUUCUGUUUUGAGAAUGGAAGAGCUGACGAAGAUCUAUCAGUCACGUUUCUCUAGCUCUAAAGUUUUAGCUGUAGAUCGUUUGUCUCUUGGAGUAUCGAAAGGCGAGUGUUUUGGACUUCUUGGUGUGAACGGCGCCGGCAAGACAACAACCUUCAAAAUGCUUACUGGAGACGUUUCUGUCACAUCAGGCUACGCAUCAGUCUUCCAACACAGUGUGACUAGUGAUAUCCAUACCGUGAGGCAGCACCUUGGGUAUUGCCCACAGUUCGACGCGAUCAACGAUCUGCUGACCGGACGUGAGCACUUGACGUUGUAUGCACGACUGAAGGGCAUUGCCGAACAGGAAAUAAAUGAGGUUGUUGAAUGGUGUCUUCACAAGCUGGCAUUGUCACGUUACGCCAGUGUGUGUGCUGGUAAAUACAGUGGAGGCAACAAGAGAAAGCUCUCUGCAGCAAUUUCUCUUAUUGGACAGCCUGCUGUUAUCUUCCUGGAUGAACCAACUACUGGAAUGGAUCCGAAGUCUCGACGCUUUUUGUGGUCUGUGAUUAACAGUUUAGUGAGGCAAGGACGAUCCAUCAUUUUGACAUCGCACAGUAUGGAGGAGUGUGAAGCGCUUUGCACUCGAAUUGGGAUUAUGGUUAAUGGACAGCUUAAGUGCCUCGGGAGUCCACUGCAUCUGAAGAGCAAAUUUGGUGAUGGCUACAUGGUGACUGUCCGAGUAGCUGGCUCCUCCCCUGAUCUCACACCAACAAAGACAUUCUUUACCACCACGUUUCCUGGAGCUGACCUAAAGGAGGAGCAUCACAACAUGCUGGAGUAUCAGUUGCCGUCAGGUUGUGCUCCACUCUCGACUUUGUUUAGUCAACUGGAGACAGGGAAGAAGACGCUACAUAUAGAAGACUAUUCGAUAUCACAGACAACACUAGACAGGGUGUUUGUUCACUUUGCCAAGAAGCAGAACGAUGGUGUUGACUUAUCUUCGCCUCCUAAGAAGUCUCUGUGGUCACGAUUUAGUGUAUCUUUCAAUGCUCGCCAACAGGUAGUAACCGUUGAAGACUUUAACAGCGACACUGAAAAGCUGGUGCAGCAAGAUGAAGGUGAAUCGAUGGCAUAGAUGAUGAAGGACUAGGUGAUGUAUUAUAGCGUAUUUGUGAUGUAUCAUACACUACUUGGUGAUGUAGAGAGAACACGUGUGCUUGUAUGGUUGCUUAUCUGUUUAUAGUCUGGUAGCUGUAUGUCGUAGAUAUUAAUGAACUGUGAGUUUGAUACAUAAACGUCA